GUCAGUAGCCCCUCUUAGUAAAUGCGUGUGUGUGUGUGUACGUAAGUGACAGAGAGUGCCUGUGUGAGUGUGUCUGGGACAGCCAUGGAGGACAGCACCACCUCUGAUGAGGACCUGGAGGCCCUGAUCGAGGGCCUGGACUACAUCCCGGGCCACUUCCACCUGGGGCUGCACCUGAACGGGGAGGCCCGUGGGCCGGUGGAGCUGCGCCGCCGCGACACACACCUGCGCCAGGAGAGCCUGCGCGCCCAGCUGGAGGCCGAGACCGGCUGGCUGCAGUACGCCGUCCGGAACCUCCUGGGCCUCCUGGACUUCCACCUGGACCAGCUGGCCGAGGCAGAGGAGGCAUUCCGCGGCGUAUGCCGCGAGGAGCCCACCAACCUGAACGCCUGGGCCAACCUGGGCUACGUGUACGACCGACUGGGCCGCGAGGCGGAGGCGGGGGAGUGCGUGGAGAAGGUGUCCGCCCUCAUGGGCCUGGGUGACGGGGACGACGACCAGGACGGGCCCAGGCUGCGAGCGGCCCGGUGCCUGGCGGAGCAGGCCUACGCACAUCCCUGGGACGUGGAGCUGGAGGACGAGGACGUGUUCAGAGAGAGGCUGACGGCCACUGUCACACUCUAUAACAGAGCGCUGGACCACGGAGCAGAGCUGAUACCAACAGAGGAGAAAAGAAGCUGGUAUCUUAAAAUGGCAACUGUUUACAUAAGCACUUACUUAUUUUACUCUCUAACACGUUUAAGUAUACUUCAGAUCAUAUCUGGGCGUGGCCCCCCUCCUGUCUGUGCUGUGAUUUGUAGGCUGGAUGGAAUGCUGCGGGAUAAAGAGAACAGUGAAUACUCCAGGCUGCCCCUCUACAACAAAGGCCUGAAGUUGCUCACACAGGUGCUGGAGUCUGACAGAGUCAAUCUCAAAGCUCUGGCCUGGUGUUAUGUUGGUGUGCUGCUGGAAAGGAAGUCUGAGUUCUCCACGGUGCCCAUGGCCGUCCACGACUGUGGCUACUCAGGCUCAGAACCGCUAUCCUGCUACGGAUUGGCCAUCAAGUUUGCCACCGACGAUGCCCUCAUCCUGAACCAGCUGGUGAAGGUCUUCCUGGAACUGGGCAAGCACGACAUGGCAACGGGCAUCAGCAACAUGGCGCUCAACGUGCUGCCCGACCCUGAGCUCAACUGGCAGGCCUACUGCAACCGCGCCAAGAUUAACGUCACAGCGUAUGUGCGGGACCUGGAGAGGGCCAAACAGAGGCAUGCUGGGAUACCCGACAGGCAGAUCCUGCGAGAGGCCAAAGCCGACCUGGAGCGCGUGCUGAGUGUGAGGCCCUGCCUUAGAACACACCUGGAGAUGGCACAGGUGUUCUACUACAUGGGGGUGGAUGCAGUGCAGGAGUCUCUGCUGGUGGACGAGGGGGCGGUGAACAGUGCCCUUGUGUGUCUGGCGCGGGCGCUGCAGUGCCCACCGGGCGAGAGCCUGCCAGAGCUGCAGCUGCUGCGCGGCCGCUGCCUACUGCUGAAGGGGGAGGAGCACAAUGCGGCCGACUGCUUCCUGCGGGCCCUGAAGCUGCAGCGACCCGGAGCGGCUGACCCCGCCGUUCUGGGCUGCCUGCUGACCGCCCUGCUCGCGUGCUGCUGCCCGGGCCCUGACACGGACAGUGCCAUCAUCAGGCUGGAGGAGUGCGUGCGGCGGGCGGAGAAGACCUAUUCGGCGGGGGUGGUCCGGGCGGAGCUGCGGGCACUGUGCCGCUCUCACACGGCCGAGGUGACGGAGCUGUCCAGGACGCUGGUGAAGAGGGGCCGCAACAAACUGGUGCGCCACCUACUGGACAGUCUACAGCCACGCGGGAAGACGGUGCUGGGACGCUCACUAUCUGUGUGAGGAGGAGAGGAACACACGUGUAUGUGUGUGUGUGUGUAUGUGUGUAAUAAUGCAGGUCUGUAGGUGUUUGUGAAGUCCCCUGACUCUCGCUGUGAAAGUGAGAGGAACAUACCAGGAAGCGUGUGUGUCUGUGUGUGGAGGACAUCACUGGGCUACUCACUGUCUACAUCAGAGGAGAGAGGAGCCCACCAGGAUUUGUGUUUGUGUGUGUGUGUGUGUGUGUGUGUGUAUGUUAAUCUGUACGUGUGUGUGUGCAUUGUAAGGCACAAAAAGCAAUCCCAAAACACAAAUGAAGACAGAUAUACACUUUUCAGUCUAGUCAAGGACCAAUGUAUCACUGUGACAUCAGAAAACGAGGAAUGUUGAGGGAGAGGCAAU